AAUCAGCUAAUCAACUCUCCUUCACAAACAAUGAUAAAAAAAGAAUUUCCAUUACAGAUUAUUUUAAGACACAACAUAGUACACAACUCCAAUAUCCUUAUCUACCAUGCGUCAAUCGAGGAAAUGCCAGAAAUCCAAUAUAUAUACCACUUGAACUUUGUAGUAUAAUACCUGGACAGCAUUUCAUAAAGGACCUUAACCCCACUCUAACCACCCAAAUGAUUCAAGUAACCUAUAUUAAAAUUGCUGAUAAAUCUUUAGAAAUCAAUUCACGUGUUCUAGAUCUGCCUAAAUUAACAUAUGGAGAUUCACAAGCACCUAAUACCAUUUAUAACGGUUCUUGGAAUCUUCAAGAGUUAAAACUACUUUAUUGUCCUCCUAUUAAAAAUUGGUGUAUAAUCACAUUUUCUCAGUGCAGCAAUGAAGAAAAAAAAAUAUAUAAAAUGAAAAUAGAGGAAAAGAUUAGGGUACUUAUAGAAACUGGUACUAAAAUAGGGAUUGCGAAUAAUGUUACAUUUAAUAAUCUAUUUCUUAAAAUUAAUAUAAAAAAUGGAGGGAGAAGUCAUCAUCUUUCAAAAACUUCUACUCCAUUCAUUUAUGAUUCACCAACAAUUAUCAUGGGUGCUGAUAUUACACAUCAAGUCCAGAAUCUAAAUGGUAUCGAAUAUAAUCAAUAUCCCUGUGUUCAAGGAGGACGUAUAGAAAUUAUUCAGGAUAUAAAAACUUUGGUUACACUAGCAUUAAAGGAUUUUAAAAAUAACACUAAUCAGAAACUACAACAGAUUAUAUUCUAUAGAGAUGGUGUCUCUGAAGGCCAAUUUGAACAAGUGUUUGAUAAUGAAGUAAAAGCAAUAAAAGACGCGUGUAGUGAUCUGUCAGAUUUCUAUAAACCAAAAUUAACAGUAGUUAUCGUACAGAAACGACAUCAUAUACGUUUUGCUCUCAUAGAUCCUAAACAUGAUGAUAAUAAGACUGUAACUGUUUAUCUGGAACAGUU